UUUGUUUGUUUCGGUCAGUCUUUACCUUUCUUGUUUAAUCCUGGAAUCGCCUCAUGAAUCCAACUAUAUCGUAUGGGAUGAGGAUUUGAAGGUCAACAAAAAGAGUCGGUAAUACCAGUCACGCAGCGCGCUUUGAUCUUGAACCAGAAGAAACACAGGCUAUUUAAUAUCUAUCGACUGAGUUCAAAACACACAGCGUGGCAAGGGAAAUGGGGGAGGAUAAUAUUAAACACAAACUCACAACUCUGAGUACCCGAAGUACUCCUCAUAUUCGACUCAACUCAGGUCGCCAUGAACCCUUCGUUGACAUGGAAGAAGAUGGGAGGGAACGGCUGAAACAUACGUUAUCAACAAGAUCUUCUCGUCCAUCACCUGUCCCAUCAGUGAUUAGACAUUCAGCGGCACCAACAACAACAGCACUAACCCCCAGCGGAGAUGGGUUGAUUUCGCCUCCAUUGAUAUCGCCCACUGAAUCUUCAGAACUCCUCUUUCCACUACCAAGGAAAGUGCGUCGCUCAAGAGGGAGUCCAGACCGGUCCAAAUCUCCAUCUGUGAUCUCAUACCAACGCAGCAACAGUUGGGAUUCACACUCGGACCUGAGUCGUGACAGCCGCGGGGACCCCCUCGACCCAUUUGCAGAUUCCAGAGCGCCGUCUCAUGCCAGUAGUGAGGAGGGAUAUGUAAAUACGCAAACGGUCUCGGAAAAAUAUAAUAUCAUGCCGACGGAGGGAUUACUUCUGUUUCCCGAGGACGUUGAGAAGGAUGAUUAUUUGCAUAACCCUGAUCCGGCAGAUAGGGACCGGGAUUGUGAUAUAUGUAAUACGAGGGGGUUGGUUAAUGUGGGUGGACUCGCGUUGUUGGUGGUUGGAAUUGUGGCACUGUUUAUUAUUUAUCCUGUUACGUCAUUUGUCGAUGGCAUUGUCCAAGGCUCACGAGAUCCAUGCACAUUAGACCCAAUGUGUAUUUCAAUAACCCGGCCACUCUUGAAGAAUAUCAGGACCGGUCUGAUCGACCCUACCACACCAAAGUCAGCUAUGACGAAGAUGUCGGCUGACGGAACCGAGUGGCAGCUUGUUUUUUCGGACGAAUUCAAUACACCAGGGAGAACAUUUUAUGAAGGCGAUGAUCCAUUCUUUCAGGGAGUGGAUUUGUGGUACGGGGUGACUGAGGAUUUAGAGUGGUACGACCCUGAUGCAAUCUCAACCUCAGAUGGCGUUCUAGAGAUUCACUUCGACAGCUACGAAAAUCACAACCUCAGCUUCAGAUCCGGCAUGCUCCAAUCCUGGAACCAAAUGUGCUUCUCAGGAGGACGACUAGAAGCUAGUAUUUCCCUCCCUGGUCGAGGCGACACAUCUGGCUUCUGGCCCGGUUUCUGGGCUAUGGGCAACCUAGGACGAGCUGGAUAUGCAGCAACCACGGAUGGAAUGUGGCCGUAUAGUUAUGAUGACAUUUGCGACUCGGGAAUUACUGCCAACCAAAGCGCAACGGAUGGACUGAGUUUUUUGCCCGGUAUGCGUUUACCGGCUUGUACUUGUCCAGGAACAGAUCAUCCUACGCCUGGGAGGUCGAGGGGCGCUCCGGAAAUUGAUGUUAUCGAGGCUAGUGUGACUGUCCUCGAUGAGAUGCAGGAUCGGAUUGGUGUGGUAUCUCAAAGUUUGCAGCUGGCACCGUAUGAUUUGUGGUAUCUGCCAGAUUAUGAUUUCACCGCCGUCUACAAUCCGUCCAUCACAUCCAUCAACGAAUACCGCGGCGGCCCCUUCCAACAGGUAGCCUCCGGCCUCACCAACCUCAAUAACAACUGGUACGACGGCAAAGAAUACCAAAUAUACGCGUUUGAGUACGCCCCGGGCGCCCGAGGUAAUGUGACCUGGUUCGUUGGCAGCGAAAAAACAUGGACGAUAGACGCACGAGCCAUACGCCCGAACGGAAACGUUGGCCAAAGAGUGAUCCCAAUGGAACCUAUGUAUCCAAUCCUCAACUUUGGUAUGUCUGGCUCAUUUGCGAUGCUCAAUUGGACGGGGCUCGCGGAGACAUACCCAGCUACAAUGAGAGUCGAUUAUAUUCGGAUCUAUCAGAAUCCGAACGAAAUCAGUAUUACGUGUGAUCCGGCGGGGUAUACGACGACGGAGUAUAUUAAGCAGCAUCCCAAGGCGUAUCAUAAUUCUAAUUUGACUUUGUGGUCCCAGACUGGGUACGAAUGGCCCAAGAACUCGUUUGUUGAUGGAUGUUGA